UUCAACAUAAGCAGGUAGCUUAGUAUAGUCAACUUAUCAGGUUUCCUGCGAAACAUCAGUCGUCAAAUCUUUCAAAUUGCUGUAUACAAACAAAAAUGGCCCGCCUCAUGUCGCUACUGCUUUCAGCUAUUGCCGCUGUGGGAAUCUCCGCACAGUCAAUGGCCGAUGCAGAAGACGAAGCCCAGAGCAUCUACAGCUUGAGCUGUGUUCUAUAUCGUCUCAACAUGGGCGCCUACGCUAAGAUCGUCCCUAUCCUGAACGAGCUUGCCGAUGAUUUCGCCGAAGGUGUCGAGAUCAGCAAAUUCAAGCCGGCGCUCGAUCCAGAGGACCCAACCAACGUGACAACGGGCAACGACAUUGAGAACAACGUCGGCAGAGCAACCAACGCAUUGCGUGAUGCAUUUCAAGCGAUUGCUAAUGGCGGUGGGGCCACCAACCUGUGCGAGGUAGCCCCUGCUAUUGGUAAAGACAUUAGCAUGGCAUUGAAGGAGUUGAAGCAGGCUGCUGUUACGUAUUACUUUGCCAUCAUUAACUACAACCCCAUUGGACAAUCUGGUCUACAACGGGCAUACCUUUCAUUCAAUUCCGGCAUUGAUGCUGCGAUCGAGGCAUCCGACGGUAUUAUAGAAUUCUAGCAGGAAAGGAGCCAGGCAAUGCCGAUACUGACCUGUGGGAAGGAGGUGGUCAGUUGGUGCAUGUUGACAUUGAGAGGCUGUAUCGUCCUGGUUCCCACAGUGCCUAGUGCUUGCUGGCUUCGAUAUAUACAGACAAUCUUCCAACUUAUCUUUUAAAAAACAAUUUGCAA